GGGACUUAAACAAAUGAAAUGAAAGACACUUUAUGUUCAUUUAUUAAAAAAGGCUUUUUGGAGACAUUUAUAAAAAGCACUGCACACUAGAAAAUGAGAAAACUUCCUUGAAAAAAUACAGAUCAAAAGACCUAGCUUUGUUAAACUUGUUGCUCACCUCAUCUUGAUGUAGGAGAUGUGGUUUCUCUCCAAUUUGUGAUUUUUCUAUCUUCUGUUUUCUCUUCUGUAAGAUAAAUAUUUUGAUUAAGUGACAUUUAUUGCAGGAAUACUUUUAGGUUAUGUAAAAAUGUGAGAUUCCUUGAGUUCUUAAGACUAGAUGGGAUAAUUUUUUUAGUUAUGCCACUGUUGCUUUGGGGAACUAAGGAGUAAACUGAAACCGUUUCUAUAAUGUUUAUAGCACAGUCAUUUUUAUUAUCUAGAGAGCGAUUAUCUACAUUGUAGUUCAUCCUAAUUUCACUUUGACAGUGUCUACAUGUUCUUUUGAAUUACUUGCUGAGUUGGUGAGUUUUUGUUUUUGUUAUUUUAAAAAAAUUGACAGCCCCCUCUGCUCACAGAACUUUCAGUGCUCUGGUUUCGCCUGAAGCCUGCAUCCUAGCAGGGGGCCCCUGGAAACCCUCCUCCCCAGAAAGGGUUGAAGACAGGCAUCUCAGCAUAGGCUGGUGUCUGGUAUUGCUCACAAAGAAGGGCUGUUCGUUUCUAGCAGAUGUAAGAACUGAAUAGGCUCAGGAUAUGGCAACAUGACCAUCUCUGCCCUAUAGAAUUACUCUUUUUUUGUCUGAGAUUAGUUUAUUUGAUAGCUCUGUUUUGAUAUAAUAUGAACCAGACUUGAAAGCCAGAUUGGAGUGUGUUUUCUAUUACCUCUGCCUAAUUUUUUCUACCUCCUGAUUGAUUCUCCCUCACCUCAAUCACGUUGUAUUAAUAAUUGAAGAGUUGAUGACACCACAUUUUUGAGCCUAAAGUUUUCUUACAAGGACGAAGACAUCUGAUCAGAUUUCUUGCUCAUGAUUUCGCCUUUACGGCCAGUGUGUAUUCACACGAAAGCUUUGUGGGAGCUCUUCUUCCUUCAUGGGAGUCCCUGCUCACCUCCAAACAUCAGCCCCUCCUUCACCGCCUCCCUAGCUCUCCCGUUUUGUGGAGUCUUGACAGGGACUGAGUGUGAGUGUUCUACUUCUGUAAGCUGCGGUCCCUUGGAGAGGCUUAAUUCUUCAAUAAAUGCCAUUGCUAAACUUUGUAAAAACAGGAUUUUGAAAUAAAAAAAAGUUUAAUCUUUAAAUUGCUAAAAUUAAAUUUUGAUUAGCUUGUCUUAUGAUACAUAGCCUACUGGAAAAAGUAUUAAUUCAUAUAUUCAUUUAGUUAUUUGGUGUUUUUUGUCAACAGGAAGAAGGUAGAUAAUGACUAUAAUGCCCUUCGAGAAAGACUCAGUACCUUGCCUGAUAAGUUGUCUUAUAAUAUCAUGGUACCAUUUGGCCCCUUUGCCUUCAUGCCAGGAAAGCUUGUCCACACUAAUGAAGUCACUGUUUUACUUGGGGACAACUGGUUUGCAAAAUGCUCAGCAAAGCAGGCUGUAGGUUUAGUCGAGCACCGGAAAGAACAUGUAAGGAAAACAAUAGAUGAUUUUAAAAAAGUGAUGGCAAAUUUUGAAUCCAGAGUUGAAUUCACAGAAGAUUUGCAGAAAAUGAGUGAUGCUGCAGGUGGUAUUGUUGACAUAAGAGAGGAAAUGAAAUGUGACUUUGAAUUUAAAGUAAAACACCGCAUUGCUCAUAAACCUCAUUCCAAACCAAAAACUUCAGAUAUUUUUGAAGCAGAUAUUGCAAAUGAUGUAAAAACCAAGGACUUGCUUGCUGAUAAGGAACUGUGGACUCGACUUGAAGAACUAGAGAGACAAGAAGAAUUGCUGGGUGAACUUGAUAGUAAGCCUGUUACUGGGAUUACAAAUGGAGAGGAUACAGCGUCUUCUGAAGAGGAAGCUCAUAACACAAAUGGGAACAUGACGCGUCAAGAAGCAGACUCUCUUCCUCCCAGCAGUUGUCCUAAAGACGUUACAAGCUCAGAACUGUUCAAUGGUCAGGUGACCAGUCAGUUGGCCUGUUCAGUGAAUGGCUCGAAUUCUUACCACUGUAACGAAGAUGAUGAUGAUGCUGAUGAGGACGAAGACGGUGGUGGUGGUAAAGACCCUGAUGCUUUAGGGGCUGGAGAUCACUCUGUACCAACCAUAUAUUUUUCUCAUACUGUCGGACCUAAGAGGGUUCGAAUAAAUACUGGAAAAAAUACCACUUUAAAAUUCAGUGAAAAGAAAGAAGAAGCCAAACGUAAACGAAAGAAUAGUACUAGCAGCAGCCACUCUGCCCAUGAGCUGCCUACGAUCAGGACCCCUGCUGACAUUUACAGAGUCUUUGUUGAUGUUGUGAAUGGAGAAUAUGUCCCUCGUAAAUCAAUCUUGAAGUCUCGAAGUAGAGAGAACAGUGUUUGUAGUGAUACCAGUGAAAGCAGUGCUGCUGAAUUUGAUGACAGACGAGGAGUUUUGAGGAGUAUCAGCUGUGAAGAAGCCAUUCACAGGGACACCAGUGAGAGCAUUUUGGAAGAGGAGCCACAGGAAAAUCAUCAAAAGAGACUUUUGUCCUUGUCAGGAGCACCUGAGGCUUUUUCUGGAACUGUAAUAGAAAAAGAGUUUUUAUCACCCUCCUUGACACCACACCCAUCCAUUGCUCAUCCUAUGCUGCCCACCAUUCCAGAACGAAAAGAAAUUCUGUCAGAAGCAUCAGAAGAAACUGUAAAGAGGGUUUCAAAGUUUAAAGCUGCCAGAUUGCAACAGAAAAUCUAGGCCCUCCCUGGAAAAUGAAAAUUUACAUCCUAAAAUCUAGUUGUGCAUUUGUUUGGAGUAUAUAUAGUAAAACAUUACAUGUAACUUGCAGUAAGGCAUCCUGUGUUGGUUUGGCAAAACAUUCUUUUACCCUUAUCAGUGGUAUAAAACAAAAUCAAAGUAACUGUUUGAAUACUUUAAUAGCUUGUUUUGUUAAUUCUCUGAAUACUGUCAACACUCUUCUCUAAGUUUGCCUUAUGAUGCAGUGGCAGCAUUUUGAAUUAAUUUUCAAAGAAUACUGUUCAUAUGCAUUGUUUUUGUGUUUCAAACUAAAUACAGGCAGUUUUGUACCAGCUGUGAUGUUGUGCAUACCAUAUGGACCAUUUUAAAGAAAAUUUUAAAAUUUCAAGUAGAUUCAACCAUUAUAUUAUUCGCUUUCACAUUUUAAAGGUACUUUAAAAAAAAUCUACUUCUGGUAGAUUUUUCAGUGGGGUGGCUGCUUAAACAAGCUCUCCCCACCGACUGUCAUACUGUAAUCUUUAAGGCAGAAAACUACAUGUCUUCUAUGGGAAAGUUUCUUUGUUUGGAAGAAUGAUAUUUUGUAAAACUUUUUUUUUCAAGUAAAAAUUUUAUGAAACUUGGUCUCAAAAA